AAAUAUAUAUGUCUUUCAGAUCCUUGCAGUAGUCCAGAAGCCUUUGAUUCCGCCGGGGGUCUAUAUGCUGUAUGAAAUCGCGAGUAUGAUUUAGAAAAUGCAGGUUUGUGUGAUCAUUGUCUGCUUGAUCGCCUUCAUCGCUAUUGUGCGUUGUGAAGAGGAAGGGGACCUCAAGCAAUCGAGCCGCGCGGUUCAACCGAGUGUUAUUGAACCAUGCGAAUAUCUGCUGAGAAAUGGAAGGAAAAUAAAAACCCGUCUACCAGGCAUCGUAUUAAAAAAUUUGCGGAAAACGUGUACUUCUAAGGACGGUAUCAUUAGGAGUUGCCCCACUCGCCUGAUAUACGCCAACCUUUUGCGUCAACAACGAGAUGAUAAUUUCAAAUGCGUGCCGGAUAAAAACUUCAAAAAUAACUGUAAUUGGUGCGAAUGUGCAUCGGACGGUCGUUCAGCUGUGUGCACUCAAAUGGAAUGUGAUUCCAACCUUCAUUGAUACUGUUUUGAGAAAUUAUUAUUGAAUAAUUUUUACAUUAGUUUCCAAUAUAUAUUAAAAAUUCUUCUUCUUGUAUCAUCUGUAAUGGAUGAAACGAUAAAAUUUCACCAA